GGGGAGAAACGUUGUCAAAAAGGAGGCGAUGGCGCUUCCUUUCCGUUUGACUGCCUCCCUACAGGACGACGCGUAGAAACUUUCUCAAAGUUUUCCUUCUGCAGUUUCCUUCUUCAACAUGGCUCCGAGUGUUCAGCUGAAGGAGACGCUGAAAGACGUCCAGGAGGGAGUCCGAGCCGUUCUGCUUGGACCCCCCGGGGCCGGAAAGGGGACUCAGGCUCCUCGGUUGGCAGAGAAGUACUGCGUUUGCCACCUAGCAACUGGAGACAUGCUGAGGGCUAUGGUGGCUUCAGGCUCUGAUCUCGGCAAGAGGCUUAAGAAGACCAUGGAUGCUGGAAAGCUGGUUAGUGAUGAGAUGGUCGUAGAACUAAUAGAAAAAAACUUGGACACACCCUCCUGCAAGAACGGCUUCCUGUUGGAUGGAUUUCCCCGCACUGUGAAACAGGCAGAGAUGCUGGACAGCUUGUUGGAUAAGAGGCACGAGAAGCUCGACUCUGUAAUCGAGUUUGAUGUUGACAACUCCCUGUUGGUUCGCAGGAUCUGUGGCAGACUCAUUCAUCAACCAAGUGGUCGCUCCUACCAUGAGGAGUUCAACCCACCUAAAGAGCCCAUGAAAGAUGACCUGACGGGCGAGCCUCUCAUCCGGCGCAGCGAUGACAAUGAGAAAACGCUGCUCUCCCGUCUGGCGACCUACCACCGGCAGACAGCUUUACUGGUGCAAUACUACAGAGCCCAGGGAAUUCACACGGCUGUUGAUGCCUCCCAGAGCCCAAAUGUUGUCUUUGCCUCCAUUGUAGCCGCCUUCUCUGCUGCCACUGAAACCACCGCCCGUACCGCCGCCUGUAAAGACCAAGUGUUCUUCAUUUGAACAAGAUGUUUCUUCCUUCACGUGUCUCCUCCUGCUACAUUCUCCUGUUUCUUCCUUAAGGUGUGGGAUUAUACAAGAGCUUAUCAAGUGUCAUCAGUCACCGGCAAAAAAACGCAACAGUCACUUUACAAUAAAUCAGUAACCAUAAAGUAACCGCUGAUCAGCUGCUUCUGCUGUACACCAGAAUACAAUCUGAUGUAACGACAGAGCAAAAUGUUAAAGUUUUUAUAGAAAAUUGGUUUCACAAAUAUCCACUUCUGUUGCCAGUUUGCCUUCACUUGAUGGAUUUGUUUUGCUCUUGUUUAAUCAAUAACUUUGCCCUAUCGGCUUUCUCAGUCUCUCAUUCUCAUACUACUGUGGAAACGUUUGCCCCCCUUUCUGAUUGUCCGUUUUUGCACAUUUGUCCAAAGUGUGUCAGAUGUUCAUAAAGAUUCUGGAGCAAAGAGUAGAAUUCACAGUAAAUAGGUUGUUAAA